GAGACUUUGGGUUGGCUCCUCAUUCGACCACAGGGGGCCUGACGAGUCACAGCUCUGGAGAACUUCUGUCCUACAUGCGGAUUAUCUGUGACAUCCUUCCAGAUGUUCAGACGCGCUGCUCAACGUUUGUGGUCACUUUUUUACGUUUUCUGACACUUUGGAGUUCCACAGCGCGGAUUUGGGAAAUUUGGAGCUGGAUGGAUAUUUGAUUCGAAAAUUUGCGCGCAAGAGAACCAUGGAGAGGAACGGAGCGCGUUUUUACAGCUCAGGCUGGAGGUGUCAUUUCUCCGGGCAGAUGGCGCGGAUAAGGUGGCGUUUAUCAAGAAGGAGGGCUCUUAUUUAAUGCACAAAAAAGGAGGGGUAUCUUUAAAGUUAUGGAGCUUCCAGGUCAAGUCGAGCCACCCACAAACUCCACAAACGACAGCCUGGUUCCGGAUCCAUCCAGCGGGGAGGAGAGCGCAGAGAGUCUGUGGUACCAGAUCAGCCUGGCUGUCAUCCUGUCGCUCAUCACGCUCGCCACCACCUUAUCCAACGCCUUCGUGAUCGCCACCAUCUCCCAGUCAAAGAAACUCCAAACUCCGGCAAACUUUCUGAUCGCCUCUCUGGCCAUCACCGACCUGCUGGUGUCCAUCCUGGUGAUGCCCAUCUGCGUCCUCUACACGGUCAUCCACACCUGGACGCUGGGGCAGAUCGUCUGCGACAUCUGGCUGUCCUCCGACAUCACCUGCUGCACCGCAUCCAUCCUCCACCUGUGCGUCAUCGCGCUGGAUAGGUACUGGGCCAUCACGGACGCGGUGGAGUACUCCAAAAAGCGCACGCCGGCGCGCGCGGCGGGGAUGGUGGCCACGGCGUGGGUGAUCGCCAUCUCCAUCUCGCUGCCGCCUCUUUUCUGGCGGCAGGUGAAGGCGGAGGAGCUGACCAGCUGCAGCGUCAACACGGACCACAUUUUCUACACCAUCUACUCCACCUUUGGGGCUUUCUACAUCCCCACGCUGCUGCUGAUCGUCCUCUACGGGCGGAUUUACGUGGAGGCGCGCAAACGCAUCCUCAAGCAGUCCCCGAGGAAGGUCGGGAAGAGACUCACCUCCGCGCACCUGGUCACCAACUCCCCCGGCUCGGUGGCGUCCACCACCUCCCUGCAGUGCGGGAGGCACGACACCCCGUCCAGCGACACCGGCUCGUCCACGAGCGACAACCAGGUGAAAGUGACCGUCUCCGACGCGCUCCUGGAGAAAAAGCGCAUCUCUGCGGCCCGGGAGCGCAAAGCCACCAAGACUCUGGGGAUCAUCCUGGGCGCCUACAUCGUUUGCUGGCUCCCGUUUUUCAUCUACACCCUGCUGGUGGCCACGUGCGACGCGUGCUUCAACCCCGACCUGUUCGACUUCUUCACCUGGUUGGGAUACCUGAACUCCCUCAUUAACCCGAUCAUCUACACCAUGUCCAACGAGGACUUCAAGAAAGCUUUCCAGAAACUGGUGCGCUUUAGGUGCUGCAGAUCCUGAGCUCUUCUUUGCAUCUCCAAUAAGAUUUAUUUGCGUUUUUUUUAAUUCAAUAAAAAGCUAAAAAAGGAGUUGCAUGCAAAAGGCAAAAAAAGGUCAAUUUUGUUUGGAUAAGAUCAUAAAAUGGACUGGAUUACUAAUGUAAAUAAGGAAAAAAACUGAGAAAAGUUGUUUCAAAAAUAAGUAAAAAGAGAAAUAAAUAAAAUUAUGAAAAACAAAUGUAUUAAAACUAUUUUUAUAGACUAAAAAAAUCCAUCCUAUAUGUGGUAAGAAUCAAUCAUUCCCAUGGAACUGUUGUGUAAGGAUGCAAAAAAGGAUCAAAGAUGAAAUUUUCUUGCAACUUUUGAAAAAAAAAGGUUUCUGUGCACAUAAAUCAGGAAAAAAAUGCUGUUCCUGCUCGGGUUUGCUAGUGUCUCCAACUCUGCAGAAAAUGUUCAUUUAUUGGACAGUUCAGCGUCGCUUUCGUCUGACUGGAUUUUCUAUUCUGGCCUGCAGAAAAAGAGAUUUUUCUUUUAAAAAGAUAAAAGUUGUCAUGUGAUGGGAAUGUGUAAUAAAGGUUGUAAAGGUUUUAUUCUUCAAUUUUUCAGAUUCAAAUUCUUGUAGAAUGGGGACUUUGAGGUGAAUUAGCAGCUUUCUGCUCUCCGACGAGCAGAAAAUGACACAUUUUGAUGUUUUUUAUGAGCUUCUGUGAUCCAAAGAAACAGAAAAAACAAUUAUCCCUUGCUCACACUCAAUCAAAAAGAACAUGAAUAUUUCAUUAAUAAUAGAAUAAAAAGUAAGCUUUUUUUCCCCAACAAUACUCAAUUAUUUUCCUUACAAUUCACUCAGUGUCUGAAAGGAAUCGAGCAGUCCUGCAGCCUCGGUAGAUCUUGUUCUGACAAAUACUUUUUUUUUUUUUAUCAUCUCAGACUGAAAUAUUGUGGACAUUUAAGGUCCAGACAAAGAAGCCACUUUCAAAGGAACAGGAAAGGUCACCGACGCACAGAACAUUCCACCGUUCCCACGUACAAGUUCUGUCUCAGACGUGAGAACAAAAGAAAAGAUCAGACAUAAAGUUCUUUUAAAUCAGACUAUGUCUGUGAGAAUCAGUAUUAAGGUCCAAGAAGAAAGCUAAAUCACAUUGGAUUUGAUUUAAAAAAUUGGAUUAUUGAACUUAUUUGCUUAUACAGGACUUUACAAGACUUGUUGCAAAUAUCAGACACUAAGGAUGUAGGAAAAACUUUUGUAGAAAAUGUCGCAAAUACUGUCCUGAUCUUCAUUUUUCCCCUCAGAAUUUAGCCAAAUCUUUUUAGUAUAAGAAUCCUCACAACAGCUAAAAUGACAGAAAAGCUGUUUUUGGUAUAAUCUAGUAUGUGUUUUUUGUUUAAACCUCAUUUCUGUACAAAUGAGUGUAUGAAAAGGAAACUGAUAGCAGGAUAAUCAAAUCAUCUUCUAUGUCUCUGAAUGUUUAUAGCAGUACACGAUGUACCAGUGUGUCAAAAAACAGGAGGAUCAAUCACGUCUCUGACAUUUGCUGCUCUUUUUUUCCCUUUUUUUUGUGUGUGUACAUACAUUUAUUUUUUCCCAAAGUCCCAUCAGGGUCAACCUUAUGACCUUCCCCAGCACAGAUUUCUGUGCAUUUUUCAGUUUCACUCUCCAAUAAGGUUAUUUUAACUCAGAAAAAAAAAAAAAAAA